AUGGGACAGACUAGGUUCCUGAAUAAACCAAAGAGGAGAGCAAUUCUGAAGAAUGUACUACAUAUUCGUGUAUGGGGACAUGAGUUUUCUUCCCAGUUUCUAAAGGAGAUCAAGAGUGGAAAAGAAGAAAAGGGAAGAAGCGACUGCCUACUGCCUGUGGUUAGGCAGGCGAAAUGGAAGAAGCCUCAUGAACGUACCUCAUUCACCCACACACAGUAUGAAGCGUUGGAGGCGGUGUUUGGCUAUAACAUGUUUCCAGACAAAAAUCUCCAAAGAAAACUUGCUUUAAAACUCAACCUACCAGAGUCAACAGUUAAGAUUUGGUUCAGGAACCGGAGGUUCAAAAUGAGGAAGCAGCAGCAACAAAAGCAGCAGCAAUCACUCAAGCCACCAAACCAGACCCUUCCAGCCAAGAAGACACCCACAGCAUCAACUAGUCCUCAUUCUUUUUUCCCUGAAGUUUCAGAUUCCUCUAUCUUCCUAUUAACUCAGCCCUUGGACCCUUUCCAGUUUGCAGGGGACUCUACCAUCACUGAGAGUCCUACAAGCGAUGUCCAAAUGCAAGAUCCUCAAUUGGAGAGACUAGUGGCUUCAGUUCCUGCUUUAUACUCUGAUGCCUAUGACAUAGACCAAAUCAUGAAACUGUACAGUUUUCCUGAUGACAAUGAGCUAGACAGUUCUUCAUUCCACUCUCUAUAUCAGUAUCUUUCACCAAUAAGGCCCAGUUAGAACAGAGUUCCUCUUAGAAUCUUUGCUGGAUCAGGUGUGGCUUUAUCUCCUGAGCAAACCUGGUUCAGUAUGACAAACUGGAGCUUUGCAACCCACAGUCUAAGAGACAGCCUGGAAUUCCAAAAGUCCUCCAGUGUGAGGCUGCCUGAGAUCAUCAUCUCUGGAGAUGGACCAAGCAGAAGAACAAGCAGUGUGAGGUAUGGUUAA